AUCCUCCAUGGGCGCUUAUCAAUCGGGGAUUACUGGUUUGCAAUGAAUGCUGCAGUAUCCAUCGCAGUCUUGGCAGACACAUAUCUCAAAUUAGGUCUAUUAAUAACUCCACAUGGGCUGCUACUCAGUUAGCUGUAACACACUUGUUUUGCAGAUGGUGACAACUCUAGCUUACAGCAGUGUCAACAGUUUUUGGGAGCAUUCUUUAAGCGAUCCAAAAUCUAGUCGUAAAAAACCGCAGCCCAGAGAUCCUCUACAUCCCAACAAAGAAGACUUUAUUCGUGCUAAAUACCAACAGUUAAUGUUCGUUCUUAGAAGCUCUGAUGAUAUUGAAGAUCUAAAUCAGCAACUACAUUCAAGUGUUCGGACCAUGAAUUUGGAGACAAGUUUAAGGCUGUUAGCACAAGGAGCUAAUCCAAAUUAUUUUCACCAGGAAAAAGGAAGCCGACCUCUCCAUGUUGCAUCAAAAGCCGGUCAAGUUUAUCAAUGUGAAUUGUUGAUUGUUUAUGGUGCUGAUCCCACGGCAAUGGACAGUCAAGGAAAUACCCCAAUCAUGUGUGCCAGGAUGGCAGGUCACAGAGACCUAGCGGAUAGACUAACGGAAUGCGUUUACGAGGUAGUAGAUCGGUUAUCGUUUUUUCUCACUUCUCAAAAGCCAGACCAUAAACAAGGCCAACACUUUGUCUUCCCAGAUAUAUCUGACGGCAUCAUUGUCCCACCUGAGUUAACCAAAAAUGCCCGGCAGAAGUUGCAGCAAUUACCCAAUAAACAAUUUGAGGAUCUAGUCAUGGAUGUCUAUGAUGAAAUUGACAGGCGGGAAACGGAAGCCAUUUGGCUAUCUAGCCUUGUUUCUUUGGAACAUGAAAAACAAAAACAAGCUGCCUCGGUACCAUUCCUUCCUGUGAACCCAGAAUUAUCUACAAUGCGAAAUCAAGGACGGCAGAAACUAGCCCGCUUCAAUGGUCGGGAAUUCAUCUCACUGGUGAUUGACGUACUUCUGGAUGCAAAGCGAAGGCAGAGUCCUCGUGAAAACCUCUCUAUCAAACCUCUAAAACGAAAGCAAGAUUGGUCGGACGAUGAGCCUCUCUAUGACAGUGUCGCCUCAGAUGAGGAUUAUGUCACGGCUGAACAGCUAGCUGCAUUGAUUGCAGCUAAUGCACAGCCACCUAAGAGAACUGUCAGCAAUGGGACCAAUGACUCAAUUACAUUAGAAGAAAAUAAUAGUAGCAUUAUUGACAGCAGUAAUAGUUUGGAAAAUAGUAUUAACUCUAGCAACAACCAUGCACCUGUCUCCACGCAAAUGACUCAAACCUCAAAUUAUUGUUUGGAGUUGGAGGGUGAGCUAAAAACAAGGCUCACGACAUCAGAAUUGAAAAUUUCUGAACUUCUCAAUGAAGUUCGGAGACUACGAGAUAUGAUGGAAAACGUUACUCGAGAAAAUGUGGAAUUGAGAAAUGCAAUCAACCAGCACAACUUUAUGGAAGGCGUUCAUCAGCGGGUUGCUCGUGAUGAUGCCAAUCCACCUGUAGAACCUAAGUCUCCCAUUUAUUCCUCACCACCAUUUCAGCGUCCAGUCUCAAUGUAUGAGGCACAACUUUCAAAAAAUCAGUUGAUUGAAUCAAUGCCUCACUCCGAAGAAGUUGUGAGUAGAACAGACCAAGUUACCAAAAGAAUCCAAGAAUUAUGGCAAUCUGUGCAAGGUGCUGGACCAAACAUUUCAGCGGUGCCUUGCGCUGAACGUAUACGAAUUGCUGUCAACGAAUUGACAUCCAUUUUUCCAAUGAACCCAAGUGACGAGAUUGUCAAAGCAACUUUAAAAGACCUAAACACUAUCACAAUCAAGCUGCAGGCAGAAUGUGCAGCCUUAGAAAACAAUUCAGAGCGUAUCCGAUGUUGUGCAUUUAACAUGGCCAAGGCUACAAGGCAGCUUUUAACCCGAUUUCAAUGAUGGAAUGUUCACGUACCAUUAGUAGUUUUUAGUCUGUCAUUUAUGCCCUUGAAAACGCAGAGGGUCUUGUUCCAAUGAUCUGAGUGGAACAUUGUCUUAAAAGUGGCAAAAGAAUUGGAAAUGGAUUUGGUCUUUAUCAGAUACAGGGUUAUUCAAAAGUUA